AUGUUUUCGAAAGCUAAACGUUUUGAACCUUUGGGCGCUGUUAAUAAUCAAAGCAAUGUGCCAAAUAAACCAGAUGAUGAACACAGGAAAAUAAAUCUUAAGACAAAAAUUACUGUAGCAACUUCAUCGAAACCUACGCUGAAGUCAGUUACUACUUCUAGGUCCCAAAGCAGCUCUGUCAAAAGUGUUAAAUCCUUUACAACGCCAAAACCAGUUAAACCCAACAUCAAGUCCACUGUGUAUGCUAAGAAAUUAUUAAGCCCCUCUACAAAAGAUGUCAAGUCUAAAGCCUAUGUUAAAGAUGAUCUUGCUAAAGAACAGGAAGUGGAAAUAAGAAACAAGGAUUUCACCAUUACUGAAUAUAGCAAACAGAUUGAAGAGCUGAAAAAUGAAAUUGGUUGUCUUAAAAAAAAAGUAAAUGAAUCAGCUCUCGACAAUAAGUCCAAAGAUAUAGAAAAGAAACUGUCUAUGAUAUCAUUGACUGAUAACCAGGAAAUACAAAAUUAUGAACAUGAGAAAUCUAAUUGUAGUACUUUGAUUAAUGAUUUAACGCUAAAGAUUACGCAAUUAGAACUUCAGUGUGAGAAACUGGAGGAAGAGGUUAGCAGCAAACAAGUUGAAUUGACUUCACUUGAAGAAAUCAUUACCAUUAGAGACACUCUAUGCAAAGAUUUGCAAGAGAAACUGACUAGCAUGGAAACUUGUGUAGAAGAGACAAGACAGAGACUUGAGAUGGUUAAAGGUCACCAUGCACUAGCUUUAGAGGCUAAUGAGAGUAUCAGGCGUGAAUACAAGGCUGAACUAGAAACUUUAAAAUCUAAAUUUGAGGAUGAGAAACUAAUAAUUGUUACUAAAUCUAAAGCCGAUCAGGAAAGUGUUAAGUCGAAGUAUGUUGCUAUAAUAGAGUCAAUUAGAAAACAUAUGCAGAAAGAGAAAGAAGAUGUUUUAAAUGAAAUGCAGCAACAGCUUGAUGCCAAGGAUCUGGAAAUGAAAGCGAAAUUAGAGCAAAUUGAUGAAACUGCACAAGAAAAACUAAAACUUUGCGAAAUACAGUUUGAAGAGCGUAGCAGGACUAUUCAAGAGCACUGGGAACAACAACAAGAACAAAUCCAUUAUUUAGAAAAAGAAGUCAAAGAUUUAAAAUAUUCUCUCAAUGUAACUGAAGAAGAAAAGGACAAGUUAUAUAGAGAAGCUAGCAGUUUGACAAAAGAGGUAGAAAUACUUAAAGCUGAGAAAGAAACUAUUAUCAAGAAAACUGAAGAUCUGAAAGAGGACUCAAAGAAAAAGAUGAUUGAUUUUGAAAAUCAAGUUAAUAAGUUGACAGUGGAAGUUGACAAGGCUAUUAAGGAAAAGCAUAAGUUUGAAAUGUCCCUAUCUGUUACUAGGGACAUCGUUCAGGUGCUAACUAUGCGCUUGAGAGAAUCUGAUAAUGAGUUGGAACAUUUGGAAUACAAAGUCCAGAAUUUAACAGAAUCAAAGGAAGUUCUGGAAAAUGAUUUAACUACAUACAAAAACAGUCUAAACAACACUAUAUUAGAAUGUAAUGAAUAUAAAGAAGCUCUUGUUAAUAUAUUGAAAUCCAAAGCUGCUCUAGCAAAGGAGCAUACUAGAAUUAUGGAGCACAACGUUUCAUUAAUUGAGAGUUUACAAAAUGUUGAAAUUGAAGCUUAUCGUGAACUUGGAUCCAUCAAAACUGAGCUUAUUGAAGAUGUGGAAAUGUUGAAGAAAGAGUCGUCAUCUCAAAUUCAAAUGCUUCGUGAAGAGGUGGAGAAAAAGAGUAUGUUGUGUGAGUUGGCGACAGAGCACGCCGGACAGGCGACAGCAGCGGCAGAACAGUCGCGGGCGCUGCUUACACAAGCUGCCGCCGAAAUAGCGCGUCUGGAGGCUGACAAUCAGCGUCUUCAACAACAGAUUCAGGACCAACAAUCUCUGGUGGUGGAGCUCUCGUUACUUCGUCAAGAAAAUGAAGAGCUGACUAUAGCGUUAUCCAAACAGUCAUCUAUUGUUGAAAAGAUUAAAAAGGAUGCGGAACAAACCCAGCCUAAACCUAAGUCCCCUUCAAUGGUUCGUAAAGGUCACAAGACUGGCAAGGAAAACUUGCACGUUGUAGUAUCGCCUUUGAGAGAGCGCAAUCAUUGAUUGCAUAGUCUAUUUUCUUCAGUUGGAAAAUCUACGUUUCUAAAUAGGUAGUACUUCUUUUUGUAAGUGAUAUUAUGCCUUACUUUUAUUAUUAUUACUCAUUGAUUUGAUAUUGUAAGUAAAAAUUAAGUAAUUUAUUCGGUCAUAUGUUUUGUUUUCGAUUAUCUUAUUUAUAUUAAUGUUGGUUCCUGGCGAACUUAUUCACGUCGCUAAGUUUAUUGGCGUGAAUGUUUACAUAAAUAAAAUAGU